UGUUGCUACAUGUUAGCCCUCUUCCGGUGUCCGCGUUUAGCAAAAUGGCUCGUGUGCUACCGUUGAAUGUCGCUGUUAUUUUCAUGCUUUUGUUGUUUUUAUGCGCAAGUUUAGUGUGCUGUAAUAAUGGCCGUAGGGCCGGUGAUCCGUCGGAGACCGAGCUGAGUGGUUUCUCUGUGCCUCUUGAACACUCAUUUGAACUCGAUGAUGUGGCAAAGUUUCAGUCGCGUGGAUCGUUGCUGCUGAAAACGGGCCGGGAGCCGAGCGUCUCUCUGCUGCAGAACCAGCUGUCAGAGGAGGACCGAGCCAAGCUGAAGGAAGUGGCUGCAGUGGACGGUCUCUACAGAAUCAGAGUGCCUCGGGUUUUCCUGCAGACAGAGCGACAGGCGGAGGGGCAGAUGGAAGGUUAUCUCACUGCAUUCGUCAGAGCGUGUGCCAUGGUGGAGUCUCACCUGAGCGACGUGAUCACGCUUCACACCGACGUGUCCGGCUUCCUCAUCGGCGUCUCCAUCGUGACUUUACCUGGAGCCUGCAGAGGGACGGAGGUGGAGGACGAGGUGGACCUGGAGGUCUUUAACACCACCCUCAGCAUCAUGGCUCCUGUAAACGCACCAGGACCAGAGACGGCUCUGUUCCUGGAACGCAUGGAACUAGAAACUGAGAAGAAGGGGAAGAAUCCACAGGAGCAGAAAUCGUUCUUUGCCAAAUACUGGAUGUACAUCGUGCCUCUUGUUCUUUUCCUGAUGAUGUCUGGAGCCCAGGACCAAUCAGGAGGAGGCGCUGGCGGUGGGGCAGCCAAUGGAGGAGGUCGAUGAGCAACAGCCAGGAUUUCUUUUUUCUUUUUUUUUUGGUAACAUUCACUGAACAAUGAUUCUCACCUGCUGUACAUAUUGCUAUUUAAGGAGGGUAAAUAUUUGUUGUGCAUCUUAAACUUGUACAUUAUUAAUGAGACGCUGUCACCCGCAGAUGACCGCACUUUUAUUAACAAUGUGAAAAAUAAAGUAUUUAUUACUU